GCGUCUUCCUCCUUCCUCCUUCCUGAAGGGAACGGCGCUGAGGCAAAGCUAACAGUUAGCCAUGUCAGCUGUUGAGGAGCCCUCCAAUGAAGCCGCGGAGGUUAAGGAGCACAAAGAGUUAGAAGGAGAGACAGAGGAGCAGUUCGGGGAGAGUUAUGGCGCCGACCCAACCCGAUACACUUUUUACAGAGACAGGAAGGAGUGGGCUGAUCUGGAGCCUGUUCCACAGGAUGAUGGACCAAACCCCGUGGUCAAGAUCGCUUACUCUGAGAAGUUUGCUGAUGUUUACGACUAUUUCCGUGCGCUCCUAAAGAAGGAUGAAAGGAGUGAGAGGGCUUUCGCUCUGACGGCGGACGCCAUCGAGCUAAAUGCUGCUAAUUACACCGUAUGGCACUACAGGCGAGUGCUGCUUCAAGCUCUGUCAAAGGACCUGAGGGAGGAGAUGAAAUAUAUUACCAACAUCAUCGAGGAGCAACCCAAGAACUACCAAGUCUGGCAUCACAGACGUGUGGUGGUGGAGUGGCUGAACGACCCCUCAGAGGAGCUGGAGUUUAUCGCAGACAUUCUCAGCCAAGAUGCCAAGAACUACCAUGCGUGGCAGCACAGACAGUGGGUCAUCCAGGAGUACAAACUGUGGGACAGAGAGCUGGAGUUUGUGGAGAGUCUUUUGGAGGAGGACGUGAGGAAUAAUUCUGCGUGGAACCAGAGGCACUUUGUUAUUUCCCACACCACAGGCUUCUCUGAUCCGGCUGUCGUCCAGAGAGAGAUUCAGUAUUGUCUGAACCAGAUCAGGAAGGCUCCUCACAAUGAGAGCGCGUGGAACUACUUGAAAGGGAUGCUGCAAGACAGAGGCCUCUCAUCUCAGCCGGGCCUGCUGGAAAAUGUCCUGGAGCUGAAGGAGACGCACUGCUCCCCUCAUCUCCUGGCUUUUCUCUUCGAUUGCUAUGAAGACGCGUUGGAGUCCAGCUUCCAGAAGGAAAAUACCAACCAGGAACAAAAGGAAACGUUAAAAAAGGCUUUAGAAAUCUGUGAGCUUCUGGCCCAGGUGAAGGACACCAUUCGUAAGGAGUACUGGCAGUUUUUGGGACGUUCAGUGAAAAACAAAUACGGAGGAGACGUUCCUUCGAAUGAGGGCGAGGCGGCCAAGCAGUCAGCUCCAGUGUCCGAGGGCCAGGAGACCAGCUAGGGCUGCGGGGGACCUCCCCUCCAUGCUCCAUCAACAUUAACCAACCCAAGGAGUUUGAUGUCUCGCUAGCAUUCUGUAAACUGCUAGCGUUGAAGAACUAUAAGCAUAAGGUCACUUAGAAGAUUGUACUCAGUAUGCAUAAAAACUCCUUGCUGUUGCUAAUUUCAUCUAAAACAAUUUACGCAAGUACAGUUAUUAUUGUUAUUUUUUUAUGUCAUUAAUGUGUGAAAGGACACUUGCUUUUGUUUACUUGCACAAGAGCGUCCAGAUUACAGCCUUGUGGUUUGAUAAGUGAGACACUGGCUAAAAAGGUGAAAAGGACUUAAUUUGACGGCUUGUUUGCAUGCAAGCUCACUUUUGACAAAGUUGGAGAAAGUCUUUGGAUUGUUGGCGAGUAUGGCUGGUAGGAUUAAUCAUGUGCAUCUGUUUAAAAGUACUUUAAAUUCUUAUACUGACAAUUGUUAGCGGGACCUUUUUUCUUUCUGUGACAAUAAAUCAGCUGAGAGAUAAAA